UUCUCUGGUCAAGUUCAGUGCGUUGUUCUCUGGCCCGCACGGACGCUUCUUAUUGGUAGGUUGCGACAGUUACAUCACGCCGCUCAUGACGCGCACAUCUUCCUGUUUCCUUCAGCCUUGUCUUAAAGUGAAUCUUAGUGGCGGAGGAGCGCUCCAGCAUCCAGUCCUCUGCAUCCAGUGCGCCUCGGAGACGCACACACGCGCAGCCUCUCUCUCUCUUUCUCUCUUCAGUUCUCUCUCUAGGUCUCUCACUCUUUCGGCCACAGCAGAGGAUAGAAAGAGAGACCGACUCGCAAGAGCUCUUUUAAUCUUAUAUAUUUCCCUCUGGUUUGCUGUUUUCGAUCGUGUCGCUCACUUUAUUCUUGCUCUUCCUCUGAGAAAUUGGUCUUGCAUCCCAGCAUCCAGCUAUCAACGGUGCCCCUACGUGUUUUCUCUUUUUCUUCCCGUAGGAGUUCAGGUUGUCCCCCUCUUCAUCUAAAGGGUAAGUAACCUUGUCCUCGGAUAUACCUCCCUCCCAUGCGCUCGUUCUGUCUCGCCGGCACAAGGUGGGCGGAAAAAAAUCCCUAAAACAAAUUAAACAUCGUCAACGGUAAAAUGUGGUCUGAUUAUAAACAUCUAAUCGUACAGCUACGACAUUACUUGUUCUGUUUUGUCCCUUCAUCUUGAUAUGUGGCGAGAGUGUAUUGAGCAGACCGGGUUUUGGUGAGGAUGAUUUGCGAACGGUAGCCCAGCCUUCCUCAUCAAAGCAGAGAUCAAGUUGAUUUGCAACUUUGCGCAAUACUGGGAGGCUUUGAUCCUAGAGGACUGGGUUUGUGGGAUAUGGCCCAAUAGCAGCAGCCCGUGAUGCCGGACCAUGACAGCGACUCCCUCCUGAACAGACAGACGAAGCGAAGACGUGUGGACAUUGGUGUUAAGAGGACCGUGGGCAGCACAGCCUCCACCACAGCAGCAGCCACAGCAGCAACCACUGAUAAUAUUGCUCGCGCCAAAGCAGCCAUUUUCAGUGCCAUGAACUCUCUGAGCUCCCAUUCUCACCACGGAUCAGACAACGACUCCAUGGAGUGCUCUGUAGUGCAGCCACAUGGUGGGCCUGGCGUUGUAUCAGCCAGCGACAGUGAAUCUAAGUCAAACGUACUACGAAAGCUACUGAAGAGGGCCAACUCAUAUGAGGACACCAUGAUGCCCUUCCCUGGCACCACCAUUAUCUCACAGCUUCUUAAGAAUAACAUUGCUAAAAAUGGAGGAGGACCUGAGAGGAUGGAAAGAGGGGACAGGGGUGAUAGAGGAGAAAUAGGAUUCCCUGGAUCAGGGCUGUCCAAUGCAAGUUCAGAUGCCCCGCAGGAGGAUGCCUGCAGUAACUCCUCCCAAGACAGCACCCCUCAAGAGUGCUUGUCACCAUUUGGCCGUCCUCCUGGCCUGGCCACUUUUGACAUCGAACGCCUCAACGAUGAACACCUGCGUGCCAAGCGAGCCCGUGUAGAGAACAUUAUAAGAGGUAUGAGUCACUCACCAAGUGUGGUAGUGCCAGCCGCUUCCCGUCAUGAACGUGACCACGAGUUGGAUGGAGAGCGGGAGAUGGAGCUGGACUGUCCACCUCCUCAGUCUCAACAGCAGGCUCCCAGCAGCCCCCGGGGAGGUGAGGUGUGCACUAGCAUCAGCCGAGAAAACAAGCGUAAACAGCGGCUGCCUCAGCAGCAGCAGCAGAGUUUCACCCAACUGGCGUGCCAGAGAAAGGAGCAGAAACAGGAGGAGCGACGGCAACUCAAGCUGCAGCUGGAGGACAUGCAAAAGCAGUUACGGCAACUGCAGGAGAAAUUCUUUCAGAUCUACGACUCAACUGAUGACUCAGAACACAAUGACCUCCACAAUGACAUAGGAAACAUGUCAGAGGACAGCCCAGCCAGGUCUGACAAUGGUGGAGAUGACCGAGGUGGAGAUGACUUGCGCUCUGACAAUGAGAUAUCUGAUCUGGAUCCAGGCCAUUUCUUAGACAGGGCACGGGCUUUGCUUCAAGAGCAGGCCCUGCUGGCCGACGGAGAAAAGCCAAGAAGAGAAGGGCUUGGCCGAAGCAAAGGACAGGGAGGUCCAGGAUCCUCCAUGCAUGCUGAAGGCAAACAGCUGGCAGAAACACUAAAGCAGGAACUCAAUUCAGCCAUGACUCAGGUGGUGGACACAGUGGUUAAGGUGUUUGCCAAGCCUCCACGUCCUACUCCUCAGCAGGCCUUUCCUCCACUUCCCAUACCACCUGAAAGAUUUCCCACUGCUGUCAAUGGAGACAACCCAAAUUUCCACACCGCCAACCAGAGGCUGCAAUGCUUCGGUGAUGUCAUAAUUUCCAAUACACUAGACUCUUUUGCCAGCAUGCCAGGGAUCCCAGGCACCACCAAUGACCAAACCGAGGCACUGCCCUUAGUAGUGAGAAAAACACCUAGUGAGCACCAUCACCAGGCUUCAGCUGUGGGUGCCCAUGGCGGUCACCACCACCCAGCCCUUCAUCCUUCCUCACUCUCUGCCUCAAUGGGCUUCAGCCCCCCAUCUUUUAGACACCCCUUUCCACUGCCACUCAUGGGCUAUCCUUUCCAAACUCCACUUGGUGCGCCCCCAGGCGGUUACUCAGGUAAGGAUCGCUCCUCACCAGACUCCAUGGACCUGUCCCGGGAAACCACCAGCCUGAGGACCAAGAUGACAUCAGGUCACCACCUAGGACACCACCAUCGCUCUUGUUCACCAGCACACCCUGGCAGCACAGCAGAGGGACUCUCUUUGUCCCUGAUCAAGUCUGAGUGCAGUGAUCUCCAGGAUAUGGCAGACAUCUCACCUUACUCAGGCAGCAAUAUUCAAGAAGGUCUCUCCCCAAAUCAUCUGAAGAAAGCGAAGCUCAUGUUUUUCUACACCCGCUACCCAAGCUCUAAUAUGCUCAAAAUGUUUUUCUCUGAUGUCAAGGUGAGUCCAAAGUUUAACCGCUGCAUAACUUCCCAGUUGAUCAAGUGGUUCAGCAACUUCAGGGAGUUCUAUUACAUCCAGAUGGAGAAGUUUGCCCGUCAGGCCAUCAACGACGGAGUCACCGGGGCCGAGGAGUUGAGCGUCAGCCGCGACUGCGAGCUUUUCCGAGCCCUCAACAUGCACUACAACAAGGCCAAUGACUUUGAGGUCCCUGAUCGCUUCCUGGAAGUAGCGGAGAUCACACUGAGAGAGUUCUUCAACGCCAUUGUUGCUGGCAAAGACGUGGACCCGUCCUGGAAGAAGGCGAUCUACAAGGUCAUCUGCAAACUUGACAGCGAGGUCCCUGAAAUCUUCAAGUCCCCUAACUGUCUGCAAGAGCUUCUACACGAGUAAAAAUUUCCCUCCUUCUCCCCGCUUAACUCUUUGCGCUUUUCUUUUUUGUUUGUUUUCUCUGAUUUCAUAGAUUUGCAAUUUAAUAUUUCUUUUGUUUUUCUUUUCUCUGACUUAACUUUUUUUUUCAUUUUUUGAAUGUAUGAAAGUGAUGGAGUAGCAUUCCCAAUCUGAAGCCUCUGUGGCAGUUCCUAAAUGGCCUAGCUAUUGUGUUGAUGUUCUUAUAUUAUUAUGGUUAUUAUAUGUUUUGUUUUUCUAUGAUUCUGAAUUGAAGAGACUCUGAUUUGUGGGUGUUUUAUUAUUUUUUUUUUCUUUCUUUCUUUCUUUUUUUCUUUUUUGGACUGUGUGAACCUUCAUCUGUUUGGCCUGUUUCAUGAUCAUCACUCCCUGAAUUUUGAGGGAGUUACCAUUAACUCUUUUAACACAGGCAGGGUUCCUGAAAGACUACAUGUGGCAUCUAUGGGUGCCCCUCCAGUUCUGGAGGAAUUCUGAUGAACUGUCCUUGCUAAGCGCAAAGUGGGUGCCCAACAGACUGUGCUAUACAAAAUGCCUCUAAUUGGACUGACAUACACACACAUGCACAUAAAAACGAGGCCUAGUGAAGUUACUGACUGGACUAAAACUGGACUUGUGGUACUGGUCUACACUGGUCUUUGGGACUUGGACCGGUCUCUAAUAGCUACUGAGAUCUACCAUUUUUUGAAGUGUGUUUUCCCUUCAAGUAGGGCAUUGUGUUUAUUGGGUGUACACUAUUAUUUGAUUACUAUUCUUAUUGUUGUUGUUUAUGAUUAUUAUUUGUCAUUACUGCUUGCUGAAGGUUGGCACUGCAAGAUUUGUUUGUCCCUUGAUCCCGUUGCAGAAAAAAAAAUAAAUUAUUGCUAUUAAUAUUUUUCCAAGGGUUUUAGAUUCUGAAAUAUUUUCUUCUCAUCCCCCAUCCUUACAUUUACUCACUUGUUUUAGUUUGCCCAUCACUUACAUUGCUUUUGUUUUGCACGUUAUGUUUUCGAUCGGGACCUCAGGCAACUUUGCUGGAAUUGGGUUGAAAUCAUCAGAGUGAGUUUUGCUGUUCUCUUGUGGUGACAAACUCGCCUUACAAGUACAGUAAUGAUGCUCUGGGAAGAAAAACAAAGGCUGCAAAAAAACACCAAAUGUAGAAAUAUAAAAGUUAAAAAAAGAAAUGAAGUUUGGCUGUUUUUCUUCAUCAUAACUGUCUUACAUUUCCAUAGCUGCUACACCUACUCUGACUAAAAGAAAUCUUGCUUAUCUGUCAGUAUAUUAUUUCAAUUUAUCUGUUCAGGAUUAGUGGCAAUAUAUAAUAAUAACUUCAGAUUUUUUCAUCCUUUUUUAGAGCACUGUUUACUCAACAGCUUUUUGAAGAUGAAGGCUGCCUGUUUACUCCUCAGGCUUUCAAUAUGAUAAACCUACACAUGGUGUAAAUUAGAUUAUGAAGUUCCCUUAAAAAGAAGUUUUAUACUUGAAUAUAUCAGAAUAUUGUGGCAAUUUAAAUUGAAAGGACAGUGAAGCAAUAGAUAAAUAACACGAAUGACUGGAAAAGUGACAAAAAAGAAGAUAACUGAAAUAAAGCACAUGCAUAAGCUGAAACACAACUGUUCAUUAAUUCUGCUUCAAAAAUAACUUUUUCCAUAAACAAAACACAGACACGCAGACAUUGCUCCUUCCUUCCAUCUUCAUCUGCUAGCGAGUGAUCCAGCUCUUCUCUCAAAGCAACAAUUAGAGGUCGGAGGUGAGCACUCACCCCAGGAAUAGAUGGAGAAGCUCUCAGCACUACAAAGAAAAGGGACAAAGGCGCACGAGUACGAGGAGCAGCACACACCUGAAACCCUCCGCUCUGUCCUGCCAUCCCACACUGGCAGCUUUUCAAACCCAAACUAUGAUUCUUUGAAAUGCCAUGUAACAAGUGCAGAUUGUUACACAGCAUCCUUUCAGUUUCACCUGAGAUUCUAAUCCUAGAUUUUCCACUUGAGCUGCAUGUUUUUGUUUGUUAUUGUUCUUUUAAUUUUUUUUUUUUUUUUUUUUUUUACCUCUCUGCCUCUUAAGAUUUUAGGAAACAGCAGAUAUUAACUGCCUUUUGAUGAGGUGAAUUUAAGGCAAUGAGAUGACCUGAAGACUUUGUGUGGUGUGUGCAAGCAAGCUGUUGUGCUCACCUUGGUGACAUUACCUUAGAGUAAAUCUGUGUGCACGACACAAAAGAUCAAAAGGGCCAUGUUGCUUAACCUGCUGACUCGUCUAAGCGAGACAAUGCACCUGACAAAAGGAGGCAGAGAAAGACAGAGAGCUACUCCCUUCAUUAUGUCCCCCAUCUUCUCCUCCCUGGACAGUGUUCUUCUUAAGAUCGGGAGCCCUGAGAGAAAGACCUGGACACAUUUCUCACUGAAGGAUGGGCUCGGCCCUGCCUGUCUCAGAGUCUCAAAGCACCAGCCAAGGGCUCUAAAGCGCUGCAGACAAAGGAGAAGGGAAAGGACACUUUUAUCUGAUGCACAGAUUGUUAUCGCUCCCCACCCUGCCCCUUCCUGCAGCUCCACCCUAAAGUUGAAGAGUUUCUGCACCUAAAAAUGUUCAGGAUACUAAAAACAUACACAUAAAAUAAAAACAAACAAACAUUUAAAAAAACGAAAAUUUUGAUGAAAAAGAAAGAAAAAUACCUUAAUGCUGUGUUAAAAUAUUUUUGUCAAGAUUUCCUUUCUUGAGGACAUUUUAUAUUUAGGAUAACAUAAAAAAUCAUAUAUAGGCUUUUUUUAAAUAACUGUACAAUAUAAAUCUAUGGGAAUAUAUAUACAAUAGUGGAAGGUCUUUGAAAGGCACUAGUAGAAACCAUUUCAUAAAAUAAAUCUAGAGGUUAUUUUCAGUGAUGUUUUGUUUAAAUCUGUACUCUGAAUAAGUGAGUUCUUGAUAGAUUAGAAGACAUAACACUAGGUUUUUGAGGGUUUUGUGACCAGUUUUCUUUUCUUUUCUUUUCUUUUCUUUUCUUUUUGUUUCUUUACAUCUUUUGUAUAUUGUUCAAUGGCAUUCUUUUUGCGAUCAGAAGAAUAAAACUUGGAAUACAUUUUCAGAGAAUGAAAUGCUGUUUUGGCAACUGUAAAUAUGUCAGGAUAAAACAAAGGACAGUUGUACAGUUUUUUUUUUUUGUUUUGUUUUGUUUUUGUUUUUUUUAUUUUUUUUAUUUUAUUUUUUUUUGUAUCAUCUGAGUGCUACGAAGGAGUUAAGAGUGAUUUAAAAGAAAAACAUAAAAGGGUGAACCACUCAAACUGGACUCAGCACUGGAUUCUUCAAAAGGAAAACCACAAAAGAGACUUUUUUCCCCCAAUGACAUGCCUUUAAUGGGAGUUUAUCUCCUAUCGGCAGUGCCCUUGAAGUUGCACCAGCAUCGAUUUCUUAAAAAUUUUUUUUUUGACAAAACAAUGCAUUACAGGAUGUGGGUGAUGAUGUCACAGAGUGACCCAAUGGCCCAUGGGCCCCAUCUCACUAUUAAAAAAAAAUAAAAACAAGGGCAAUCUGCCGCCGCCACGUAGCUCUAAUAUCAAUCUGGGGAACAGACAGAUAUUGUCAUCAGAAGACUACAGCAGUGCCAUGGAAGGGAGACAUGUACAGUUACAUUUUAAUAUAAGAGACUGCAGAGAGAAAGAGAGAGAAAAAGUGAUUUAUACCUUUUUUUUACCGGGUUUAAACAGUUUGUGGACUUUCUGUAUGCUUUGCUUCAUGUGUUUGCGUGUAGAAAAACUGUAUCCGAGUGUGCAUCUGUGUGAGAGAAAAGACCGAUUAUGAGAACCUGUGAACCAGUGAGUGACACAAUUCUCAACACUGUGGCCCCUCCCCCACCCAUGGGAGUACCAUCCUGACAUGUAAAUGAAUCUCAUUAAGCAUUGGCAACAUGUGUUUGGUGUGUGCACGUGUGUUGCGAUAAUUUCCUAUGAUCUGUUUUUCUGACCUGUUUGAAAGAGGUUUUUGUUUCUCGAUGCUUUCAGUAGAACUUCCUUUUAAUUAUUAUUAUUAUUAUUAUUAUUAUUAUUAUUAUUACAUUGCUUCUCUUUUAUUGUAAAUAUACGUGGACUUACAGUGAUAAAUACGGCCUUUGUAUAACUUAGCAAUAUGUUAUGUAAAUAGUGUUUUGUUGAUGCUUUUUGUAUGACAUUAUGAUUCGAAUCUAGUGCAGUAAUUCCAUCUGGAACAGCCAUGUUUCUAAUACAGUGAAAAGUUCCACAGGUUGUGAAAUAAAACUCAUGACAUGGCUGCUUGUUUUCUGUUACUGGUGUCUAUUUGUCUUGCAGAUUUUGUGUAAUUUAUUGGUUUAAUUUAUCCUAAUUUAUUUGAUGUUGUUUAAUUUUGUUUUCAAACAGGGAAGGCUGUACUGCAUUUAAAAUACACAAACCAACUUAAAUGAUUUCCUCCUUAUCGAUUUUAAAAGUGAAUAUAUAAAAUUUGGACAAUAGCAUGCUCGCUGGAUUGACAGAAAUGAUAAGUGGAGAUCUUGGCAGCUAAAUGGAACUAGACAGUUUAAUAAAAGAUGUGACAGGACAGAGGGUGGACUAGAAAGCUUAAACUAGUUUUUAUUUUUCAUGUUUUGCUUUGUGUUUUUUUGUUUUGUUUUGUUUUGUUUUUUUCUCCCCCUGUAUUGCUUUGGCCCAGCCCAAAAACAACCAGUAGUCAAAUUGCCUUUCGUGCCUUCACCCUCUAUGAACUGAAUGUAUGUGCAGUAUAUAUGCAAGCUUGUGCAAAAUGAUUAAAAAAUAAUAAAAAUGAAAAAGAGUGGAAAAUUUCAA